ACCCCUCCUUCGCCAGAUUCGAACGCCGGAAAGUGAGCGACUUCUGGGAGUUUUGCGCUCGCUUGGCUGGUAAAGCUCCCCUGGCGCAAAGGAAAAGUUUAUAAAAAAAAUUUAAAAAAAGAAUAACCCCCGCCAUUGCGAUCUAUCUACAACUGCAGAUCUGGCUGGAUCUGAUCUGAUCUGUCCAGAAUUGAUAGUCAGAUCGUCGCUCGCCAUGUCUGACAUGAAAGAUCCCAUCACCAUUCACACAGCAUCCAAGGAACCAGAUGCCGUUCAGUCAUCUGUCCAGGAUGCCCUGACGUCGCCCUCCGUACAGCCUGAGGCGGCCGGCCCAGAUGCCUCGGGCGUGGAGCGCGCAGAGUCCACGCAGCGCGCGGGCAAAAAGAAGGGCUUUCUCUCUUAUUUCAUGACUAGGGAUUUCUAUAUCGUGCUGGUUCUGGGUCAAGUCCUGGCGAUCGCCAAUACCGCAACAAGUACAUUCACCUCUCUUCUGAGCAUUCAGGGUAAUUCCAUUCCGGCCUUUCAGACAUUCUUCAACUACGUGCUGUUGAAUCUCGUCUUCACUCCGUACACCAUCUACCGGUAUGGCUUCAAGGGCUGGCUACGGGUGCUUCUCCACGACUGCUGGAAGUACUUCAUCCUAGCCUUCUGCGACGUCGAAGGUAACUACUUCAUCGUCCUCGCCUACCGCUACACCAACAUGCUCAGCGCCCAACUCAUCAACUUCUGGGCCAUAGCCGUCGUGGUCAUCUUGUCCUUCCUCUUCCUCCAUGUGCGCUACCACAUCACCCAGAUCGUGGGCAUUCUGAUCGCCAUCGGCGGAGUCGGCAUCCUCAUCGCCUCCGACCACAUAACAGGCAACUCCGGCACCGCAACGGACCAACUCAAAGGCGACCUCUUCGCCCUGCUCGGCGCCACCUUCUACGGCGCCUGUAACACGGCCGAGGAGUUCUUCGUCAGCAAACGGCCCGUCUAUGAGGUGCUGGGUAUGAUGUCCUUCUUCGGCAUGCUCAUCAACGGCACCCAGGCUGCCAUCUUCGAUCGUCACUCGUUCCGUGUCUCCGUCUGGAACGGUAAAGUCGGCGGCUACUUUACGGGCUAUACGCUGUGUCUGUUCCUGUUUUACUGUCUUGCGCCAUUGAUGUUUCGGCUUUCGUCCGCUGCGUUCUUUAACAUUUCCAUGCUCACUAUGAACUUCUGGGGUGUCUGUAUCGGCGUCAAGGUGCUCCAUGAACAUAUCCAUUGGAUGUAUCCUAUUGCUUUUGUUUGCAUUAUUCUUGGCCAGAUUAUCUACUUUGUUGGUCGCCAGGUGCUGGGUGAGGCUGUCAAGCCGUGGCUAGGGAGGAAUCAGGAACGCGGUGUUGUUGGCUUGUUCACGGCCAAGAAGCGAAUCGUUGAUGACCCUGACGCUGUGGCGGCCGCUGGUGUUGUCGUCGAGGAUAAUACUCCGGUGGCAGAGACGGGCACCGUCACCGUGACGGGGACGGAGAUGGAUAGGGCUCGUGAAACCAAUCGAAAUACGAGUCCCGUCUGAUAGGAAUAAUAGUAUAAUGCUGGAUGCCAACUAUAUAAUUUACCUUGCUAUUAGACAGCAAUAUAUAAUCC